AUGAAUUCACAGAGAUGUGCCGCGGUCGUCGUGGGAGCCGGCCCCGCCGGUCUUGCCGUCAUGGGGAAUCUGUUGGAGAAGCAACUAGGAGGGAAGAUCGCCUGGAUUGAUCCAUCCUUCCAGGCUGGUCGAGUGAAUCGCAAGUACCGUGAAGUGCCUAGCAACACCAAAGUCGCCCUGUUCCAAGCGUAUGCCACAGCUGUCCAGCCUUUCCGCUCCGUAAUCAUGGGCACCCGUAUCCCUAGUCCAUUCUCAACGAUGGCCAAACUCGAUCAGGAGAAGACCUGUCACCUGCAUCAUGCGGCAGAUAUGGUCCGUGCCUUGACAGAUGGCAUCACCAAGAUGGAUCAGGUUUAUGCGUGUCGGGGGUAUGUCACGGCUGCCAACCUGGUAGAGAAAACUUCGUCUUGGACCGUUCGGAUCCAACGCGCGGACCACCUCGACGAAGUUGAGGUCAUUACCCCUAGACUCAUCUUGUGUACGGGAUCAUCGCCGACAGAGGUGCCGAUCCCUGUGUGCGGACAGCACAUCGAGAGGUUGGAUCUAGAUGUAGUGCUCAAACCUAGUGACCUCGUCUCGUAUCUUCCCCGCAGUGAGUCCCAGACUGUGGGGGUUGUCGGAGCUUCCCAUAGUGCCAUUCUGGCACUCCUCAACCUGGUAGAUCUGGCCCGCAGUACCCACCCCCAGCUCCGCAUUAAGUGGUUCACUCGGCAUCCACUGAGGUAUGCCGAGUACAUGGAUGGCUGGAUUCUGCGGGACAACACCGGUUUGAAGGGUUCCGCCGCCGACUUUGCCCGGCAACAGCUGGAGGAGGACAAGCUCCCUCAGUCCGAAGCCGGCCGGUUCAUCACCAAGGUGGACUGCGGAGGCGGCCAGGAAGCGACGCAAUAUGAGCGGCAUCUGCCGUCGUGCACCCACCUGGCGCAAGCUGUAGGAUUUACUCGGGAUCCCCUUCCUGAGUUGUCAGUGAAUGGUCAUCUCCUCGACCCUGAAUUUGACUCGGCGUCCGGUGGCUUCCGUGAUCCGUCUGGCCGUGUCAUUCCGGGUUUGCAUGGAGCAGGAAUUGCAUUCCCGGAACGAGUGGUCGAUCCCUACGGCAAUGUCGAACAUGCCGUUGGGUUCUGGAAGUUUAUGAAAUUUAUCAAGAGAGUCAGUCCCCAGUGGGCAGCAUGA